AUUAGCAUGGACUCAUAAAAAAUAAACUGGAAUGCACACUAGACGGUAUCUGGUAGUCACAAUACCGCUGUACCAUUACUCACUGUUUUCGCUGUCUCUUCGCUUCGUUCUCGCAAAAUCGAGAUCCCUUAUAUGUGGCGAUCCGAAAGCAGAUUGAGUCAGUUGGGUCUUCAGUUUGCCAGCGAGAAGAUGUCGUCGUUACCUACGAUCAUUGGAUUGUAUCUCCUGUUCUUUAUCACAUUUAGCAAUGUGCAUGCAUAUAGCACAAAAUGUAGUCCCGUGUUCGGAGAUUGUAACAUGCACACGGAUUGCUGCAGCGGAAGAUGCUUAACCUACGGCUCCUAUUGUGGCUAUCCGGCGCAGCGUCUUACAAAAACCUUUUUGAGCCCCAACGAAUUCACCAGUAGCCAGAAACAACAAUCAAAAUCAAUCAAUGAUGAGGUGAAAGUUAUCGGUCUACCUAGUGAGUCAGAACCAUCAAAUGAUGUUUUUAGUGUUGAUUCAAAGCCGUAUUCAGCUGCUCAAUGCCACAAUGUUGGUGAACCCUGCUCCCGGGCUGAAGAAUGCUGCAACCUACGAUGUCACACUUAUAUGCACAGAUGUGUCACCUGAAGUAAUUCGUAGCAUUGGGGAAACAUGACACACAGCUAAUUACCAAAAUAAUUCAGCUCAGGGUGCGGCCUUUAUAUUCAUUGGAAAUAAGAAUCGCUCUCAAAUAAAGUGGGCACAACAGCUCUACAACUUAAGCUCAAAUAAAAUGGUUAUAAAAAAAGGAUUUAACCAUGCUGAAAUCGUAGAAAUAGUUU